AUAAUUUAGAGAAAAGGUAUACAGUUGUGAAUAGCUGUAUAGCCAUAUCUAUUAUUACGAGUAUGAGCUGUGCUUGUGGCUAUGUGCCAACUAGUUGUUUGUACAUUUUUGCUGUCGUUAAUGGUAUGCUCAGGGCAUGUCCAAGAAACUUAUAGAAGCAACAAAAACACGGAUGGAAACUUAAAGAAUAUACAAUCAUAUGAACUCAUUAACGGUACUAAGCUUAUUUCGCGUAAAUUAACAACACGUUCACUCUAUACUUUUAACAAAAACAAUCUGAUAUCCCACAAGAUUAGUAGCACAUGCAAUUUCUCUACUCUCAAAACUCGAACGCUCAAAUAUCCCGUUGUGUUUAAUUCUCGGAGACUCAACCUUCAUAAGCUCAAUAAUCAUACUACCCAUUCCCCAACACUCAGGACUCGGACACUCAAUUCUUCUACAUUUAACACUCGAACACACAAUUAUGAUAUAGUCAAUCCUUAUAUACCUGAAACGCUCAACUCUUCUGAGCUUGAAAAUAAAAAUCUCGACAAUUUAGUUUACGAUAAAAUUCUACAAGAAUGGCUGGAAGAUACAAUAUUAACAUUACCAGAUAAUGAUUUAAAAGACUCCCGCCACUCCCUGAACGAAGGACUGCACGAACAUAAAAAACGGGUUAUUAAAGAUAAAGAACAAUCAAGGAUACGCGCUGAAAAAUUCAACGAUAAUGACUACAUACUAAAUAAUGAAUAUGAAUUAGCCAAAUUGCAGGUUCAUGAGCCAGUUAUGCCAAAUUUUGAUGAAUCAUUCGCUGAUAUUGCUGCAAAAAAAAUAAACGAAAUGAAAUCUGAACAUUUGAAAGUUAAAUUAGAAGAAGAAUCAUCAAAAUCAGCUCGUAGAUUCGACCGAACCACAAAGAAACCAAAUCCAUUGGACAGAAUAUUAGAUCUCAUGGAUCAGUUUCUUUUUCAAGCCCAUUCAAAACUGAUAAAUGGAGAGUUGCUGAAAAAAAAAUAUAAGGUCUACGUAAAGUAUAAAAUCGGUUAUGUGUUCUCGCUACUCAGGAUUUUAAAGCAACAGCAGAUGAGGUUAUAUUCGAGCAUGCAUUUCUAUUUAUUUGCAACGCCGAAAGUUAAAGGUACUCAUUAUGUGGAGAAAGUUGCUGACUUAACGUUUUACUUGAUCUUGUACGAGAAGGUGAUACGCCUGGAUGAUGAUAUCGCUACGUUAGUGGCCUAUUUGUUUACGUUGGACAAGAGACGUAAGAAGGAGGCAGCGAUAGAGGCCACGAAAUUCCCGAAGAGAUGGAAAGCCACGCCUCGUGAUAAUGAGUGGUUUUGGCAUACGUUGCGAGUACCAAAGUACGGAUAAAAAUGAAUAAA